AUGAAUGCCUACAAUGCCUCCUCAUUUGGUGCUCAGCUACACACUUCGCCUGUCGACUUCAUGCCCUCCACGAGUGCUGAGACAUACCCCAUGUCCACCGGCAUGGACACUGCCAACUUCAUGACCAUGCCUGGCCCCGUCGAGUCGAUGAAUGCCUUCUACCCCAACACUGAAUACGACAUGUCGAGUUUCUCCAUGGCUCUCAACCACGCCGCUCUUCAGCAACACAAUGCAGAGUCCAUACACUCAAGCAUCCCGGGAAGCUCCCCGACCGGAACGAUACUGGAAGUCGCUUCACUCUCAGACAACGAAGGCUCAUGGUCAAUCGUCAACUACAACCCACAACGUGCAUCACUUGACUCUUUCGGCACUGUGUCGAACCCAAGCCAGAACCUUCACAUCCGCACCAACUCAGAUUCAUCGACAUCAGAUGGCCCAUCCUCGGCUGAACUUUCGAGUAGUUGGGAGGAGGUGCCAUCUUGGCCACUGCACUCGCCACAUGACCUUCACGGUGAAGACUAUCUCCACGCACAGUAUGCCGCAUACCAACACUCACACGGCAUGUCAUGUCACGGUCACCAGCACACCUCGCCUGCGUCUUCAUCGGCAGUAAGCCCCCAAGGUGCACCGGCAUCAUACCACCGCUCGAGUUCAUCAUCAACAUCACCAACUUCAUCGGGACCGGUGUCUCCUCCACUCCGUCGUCGCAAGUCUCCUCUUGAAGGCAAGACCACCAAGCCCGUGAUCAAGAAGUCGCUGCACUCCAACCGGAAAGAUUCCAUCGCCGAGAAGAAGGUCGGUCGCAGACGUGGUCCACUCAGACCCGAUCAGCGCCAACAAGCACACGAGAUCCGAAAGCUGCGUGCUUGUCUCCGAUGCAAGUUCUUAAAGAAGACCUGCGACAAGGGUGAGCCUUGCGGUGGAUGUCGGCCGAGCCACGCCCGGUUGUGGCAAGUACCAUGCACACGUAUGGACAUCAAGGACAUUGGUUACUUCAUGAAGGACUGGAAAGCCGACUAUGAGCGACACGUCUCGCUUGGAUUCAGUGUCGGCAACAUCAAGGGCUUCAGUGCCGUGGAGCGCACUCUUUACGUCACACACGGCUAUGGCCACUACCUACCCAUCGAGGCUCGUGAGGUCUUUGUGCGUGAUGAUCAGUGCUUCGGCAUGGAUUGGGUCGAGACUACAAGGAGCGAGGUUCCGGAAGAAUUUGAGAUUGCUACCGCCAAGCUGUCAGCUGGCAUGGAAGGAGUCAGCACAGCCAGGCUGUCCGAAUAUCUCGAUCGCCACCUGGACAUGGGCUUUGAGAACUUCGUCGACGAAUACUUCGAGGGCACCAAAUUCCUCACCGAGAUCCUCAAGACCGUUCACCGCUACUACCUGAAGGAGAAGACACCCUGCAUACGAAAAGCAUUGAAGCUUGUCCUCGCAUACAACCUUACUCUUCACGUGACCAUGGUCGAGGGUCUUUCGGAAGAAGAGUCAUGGACUGGCAGAAUCGGCGAUGACAAGUCAAAGUUCUUUGGCAAGACCAUGGCACCUGUCAUGAUCAACUUCCAGGUCAAGUGCGCUCUGGCCGACAUGUGGCGUGAGCUGCAGAAGGAUAUCCUCGAAGAAUUGUCGUCAUUAUACUCAUCCGUCUACUCUGGUGAGAAGCUCAAGAACUGGCCAACCAUCUUCAUGCUCGCAACCAUUCUGCUGGCAAUCUGGGAGGAGAUGCAGUUCGACUGCCACUACCGCGUACCGGACGAGGCAGCUGUUCAGAAGUUCUGCGACGAUAUGGAGACCACUCCAGUUGGUGUCAUUGUCGGUCUCUUCCAGGCCAUCUCCACCAAACUUCCAGGUUUGCAGGAGUGGGACACCAAGAAGCAUCAUCAGCUUUUGGGAUCCAACAUCGCCGUCUGUGACGCGUUGACUGAAGUCCGCGGCCACGUCAACAAACAUGAGAAAUACCUCAAGGAGCGACAGAACGCCAAGUUCAACCGCGACGACUUUGACUGUCUUAGCAACAAGUUCUUGAGCAAGCUCGUCAUCCGCGCGAACUAG